CGUCAUUCAAACAAUCUUUUGUCUAAAAGAACUCCCACGCCAUAUAUCUAUAUUUUACACAUACCAGGAAAUAGCUAUGCGCUAGCACCCAGUCCUGACAGACAAUGAAGUUCGGACGUUAUCUACAGGAGAAUCUCACUCCUGAGUGGAAACGGGCGUACAUCGAUUAUCGAGCCUGCAAGAAAGCAAUUAAAGUCAUCGCUGCUCGUCUAGGGCAGAUCAAACAGGAAGAAGAUGUAGACGGAGGUGGUAGCAGCUCGGGGCCGGAUGACGACCAUGGCCCUUCAGCACCCCAAAUAAAAUCCCCGGAUACAUUGAGAGGGUCUAAAGGGUCUUUGCGCAGUAGAUUGGGUACUGCAAGGGACACACCUCGCUUGGCAAGAUUUUCGUCAAGACCUUCUGAAAAUCAAUCUCCAAACUAUGGGUCAACCUUAGAAUCACCUCAUCCUCAUCCUCCACAACCUGCCGUCAGCAACCCACCACCUCUCGAUCUAGGCGAGCCUGGAGUGGAUGAUGACUACACACCUUCAACCGACCUACGUACUGACGAACUCCAUCUUGCCUCAAAUCCUGACCAAUGCAAAGACAGAAGCCAUACACCUAAUCCCAAGAAAGGCGUUGCCUUUAGUCCAACUGCAGAGGAAAUUGGAGGUCAAAGGAUAGAUGAAUUGCCAGAGACAUCAACCCGGUCACAAUCCAGUGAAGAUGGUAAAUCUUCCGAUGGUGUCGUGCAGAGUGACUCCCGAGAACCUUUGAAAAGAAGACCUGCAGAUCUUAUUGUGAAUACGGACAAAACAGCUCCUAGUCCAAGAUUACUGGGUAGAAGUGGCAAAGGGUUUUUGACCCCGAGAUUAUCGAGUAUCAGAGGCGAUGCGACACCCACGUCAAGAGGCAAUAAAAGUCCUGCCAGGAGUCCAGCCAGAAGUCUUAGGUCUAUGACGCUCCCUUCACCUGCUCUCGGUAUUCGUACUACCGCAACUUCUGCUCAUCCCACUGAGACCUUUGACGACCUCUACGACCGCAUGGAACGCGAUGAAAAAGCAUUCUUUGAUUUACUUCAAAGGCAGCUCGACAAAGUUGAAAAGUUUUAUGUGGAAAGGGAGCAAGAAGCCAUCAAGCGCGCACAUGAUCUCCGGGUCCAAUUACGCGAGCUUGCAGACCAUCGUAAGCUCUAUCAUGAGAUUUAUCCCGAAGGUAUACCAGAGUGGGAAGCAAAGAUGGGGAGGAUUUUGCCAAACGGCGUACAACCAAGGGCACCAGCUUUUACCAAAAUUCGGAGCCGAUUUAAAUACACAUUUGACGACAGGGAAAACACCUCUUCAAACCCUAAUGAGAGGCCCAAUGGAGAUCCGAAUGUGACGUCGUCAGGGUCCCAAUCACCGGUCAUGAGCGAGCAUGAAAGGCAGCAUCUGCGGCAGGCCAUGGCAGAGGACAAGGAACAUCAGACGUACAGCCCGGAGAGGUAUCAAAAAUACAAGAAAGACCUGAGGAAUGCAGUAUUGGAAUUUUACCGGCAGCUCGAGUUAAUCAAGAACUACAGAAUUAUGAAUCUCACUGGCUUUAGAAAGGCCUUGAAAAAGUUUGAAAAAGUCACAAAGAUACCAUGCCUCGAGAUGUACACAGACGAACGCAUUGCGAAAUGCACAUUUUCAAAAAGCGAAGCUAUCGAUGAUCUCAUCAAGCAGUGCGAGGAACUUUAUACAGUUCAUUUUGAGCAUGGUGAUUCAAAGAAAGCUAGGGAGAGGCUUCGUAGACAGCAGAUGGAGAAAACACAUUACCAAAGCGUCUUCCGGUCAGGUUUGAUGCUCGGUAUCGGGCUCCCGGCGGCUAUAGCAGCUCUUGUAGAAGCUUGUCGAGAUGAAACUCGGAGAGAGAUCCCUAGCUGGGAAGGUUUACUGCAAGCCUACGGCGGACUCUACUUACCCGUCAUUUUUGCGCUGCUCUUUGAGCUUAAUUUAUGGGCGUAUGUCCGGGCUAGAAUCAAUUAUGAAUUCGUCAUGGAGCUUGCAAGACCUGCCAUCGAUUACCGGUCUUUCAUGGAGAUACCUGCAUUCUUGUUCUUGACCCUCAGCUAUUGCUUCUAUUUCUCCUUUGCUCGUGUAGGAAGCUCAAACAUUGAUCCUACGACAUGGCCAGCUGCAUGGCUUAUAUUCUUAUGUGUGUUCUGGCUCAAUCCUCUCCCGGUACUUCGAAGGGGAACACGAUACUGGCUUCUGCGAGUCAUGUUUCGAGUUCUUACUCCAGGCUACAGCCGCGUUGAGUUCAUUGCGUUCUUUCUUGCCGAUGAACUCAAUAGUCUGGCCUACUCUCUCCAAAACAUCUACUUUAUCGCCUGUUCAUAUGCCAACAAAUGGCCGGGGAAUAUAUUUACCGUUUGUCCGGCCGGUAGAUCUUGGCAAUAUGCCAUUUUCCUGUGCCUGCCGGCAUUGUCGCGUCUCAUUCAGUGUCUGAAGCGUUAUCAUGACUCAAAGCUUAAUAUUCAUUUGAUCAACGCUGGAAAAUAUGCGAGUGUGAUUACCCAACAAUGCCUGUUUGUAUGGUGGAGGAACAAAGGGAAUAACGACUCCGGAGCCUCAUUCAUAAUCUGGGUCAUUAUUGCCACAAUUAGUGCGAUUUACACCUGUAGUUGGGAUUUUAUUAUCGACUGGAGCUUGUUCAGACCAAACUCUGGACUGCUUCGUAAAGACCUGGGUUACAGUCGACGAUAUGUGUACUAUUUUGCCAUGGUGUCCAACUUUUUGAUUCGAUUCGUCUUCGUUUGGUAUAUCCCGUUUUCCACUCAAAACAUCCGAUUACGAAGUUUUUUCUUCUCGCUGGCAGAGAUGCUCCGUAGAUGGCAAUGGAAUUUCUUUCGUGUCGAGACUGAACACCUUGGUAACGCCGAUGCCUAUCGGGUUACUCGCGAGAUUCCCUUACCGUAUCGCCGUGUCGAUCGCGAUUCGGAUGAGGAAUCAGAUCCUCACGAAAUCGAAAAGUCAAAGGGCCGAUCAGGUCGCCACCAUAUGUCAGUCAAUCUUGACCGCCUUCGACGCAGUAUUCGGGAUCGUAACACCGAUGAAGGACGGGGGCCAGAUGCGUUAGAUGCGGGUCCAAGGGGUCACGCACCAGAAAGAGAUUAUGAGGCCAGAAGGCCUGGGGAUAUACAAGAGAGAGUCCCGAUUGGUGAACAACGAGUGUAAUUGUAUACAUAUUAUAUUAGCUUCAUUAGCAUGCCCAUUUGAUGGCCUUUUUACGAAUAAUCAUGAGUCCCCAUAGAUAACAUUCAAGAUACGCGAUCGUAUGCAUUGUACAUAAUCA